UAUUUUAGGCAAUUAUAUCUUCCAUAUAUCUCUUUAUUUUCAUAAGGGAGUUAAUUUAAAGCUUGUUUAUUAAAAGGAAAAACAAUAAAUGCAUUAUCUAAUAUAUAUUUAAGUAUAUAGCAUUCUUUCAUGUAAUUAAAAUUUUUCCUUAUAUGUAUGUAUUUUCAGAUUUGAUUUUCUUAUUGAUUAACGGAAUGAGGUCGUGGCUCUGUCUCUAUAUAUACCAGAUUAGUUCUUUCGUCUAAAAGUCACAACCAAGAAAGAAAGAAGAAAAAGAAGAGUUGAGAUAACAUUACUUUUUCUGUGACAGGAAAUACAAUAUGGCUUCAACAAAUCUGCUAAGAAGUGUUGUUCAUUUCAUUUGUGCUUUCUUGGUCAUUGCAGUUGUGGUUAGUGGUAUUUGCAGUGCUACGAGAGAAGUUCCAACUGAUGAUAUCAUCAAACCGUCACAUGUGACCCAGCCAACCUCUCCUGCACUCGAUUAUGGAAUCCUUAGUGAAUGUUGUAAAUACAAUAUUCAAUUAUGUUGCGACUGGAAACACGGUCAUGGCAACUGACCGGCCUCUAAAAUAGAUAAAUAAGCAGUUUCCUUCAUAUCUCAUAUAUGGUCAAUUAUAUAAGGAAUAAAUACAGCAGCAUUUUGCUCUAUUAAUCGUUUCCUUGUUAAUUCUCACCUUUUUCCCCUUCAGUUUUAUUUUUCAUAAAAUUACUAAUGUUUGGAACAUUCCCUAAAUGUAAACCCUUUCUGCACUAUGCCAACUAGCUAGGUUUGAUAAUUGGUAAUCCAUUAUCCGACUAAUCAAAAAAUUAAACCAAGCGAACCUAUUAUUGGGGCACACAAAUCUGGUUUCUUUUAGUUGGUUACUAUAGUUUGGAUCGAUCAUGCUAUACGAUUCCAAUCUAGUUAAAGCAUUGCAUCCUGUUCAAGCAUGCGAAUCAGGGGGAUAUACAAGUAAUGCAAAUAAAGUUUGAUGCAUUAAGCAAAAGUUAACUAACAUACUGAUGGGUUUAUGAGUCUUGGGCCACAUCAUGAAAUCCAUGCAGAGGGAGGAGUUCCACGUCAUAAUGGGUUUAUGACCCAUGCAGAGGAGUCACAUUAGAAUGGGCUUACGGCCCAUGCAGAGGAAGGAGUCCAUGCAGAGGAGGGAGAUCAUUCACGUGGCUAGGAGUAGCUCAAGCUUUGCCGCGUGAACUGUUGCUGCUAGAGAAUCUCGGCUUAGAUUAUUAUUAGUUAUGCAGGUCGGUGUUGCUGCAGUCGGUCUCCCCUUUGGGAUUUGUUUUUUGAUUUGUUUUGCUUAGGAUUAGUAGAGAUACGAUCGUGUGAUCGUCUAGGAUUAGGGUCAUUGGGAGAUUACCUUUGGCGAUCUACCAAAUCGUAGGAGAUGCGGGAGUUGGUUGAUUGUAAACCGAUCUCAGGUCUAGGUUAUCAGUUCUCUAUAUAAGGACUGAAAUGAAUAAGAAGCAGCAUCAGAAUUAUUAAGCCGAAACACCACUCUCAAACUAGCUGGUUCCGGCUGUAAGCGGAACGCAAUCACUCCGAUAAUUGAACGAUACCAACAUUUGGUAUCAGAGCCAAUGGGCCCCAAACCCACCGCUGCCGACAAGGAGAGGAUGGAUUCGAUAGAGGCCAACCUGGAAACUCUCCAAACCACUAUCCAAGCAGCCCUCCCCGAUGAUGUUCGUCGGGUGGAAGGAUGUGCCAAAACUGUUCGUCGGGUGGGAGCUCGAUGGGAAGUCCAGAAGAUCAUUUUCGAACCUGUUCAAAAGGCUAUGCCAAAACUGGGAAACUACCUGAAGAUGGCUAAGUCUGGAAACGUGUUUGUGAAACCUACUUUGGAGCUCAAUUCGAGAAGCACGAAAGCGAGUCGAGUCCAGAGGCCUCUACCACAAUAAAUUAGUUAUGUUUUUAUACAAAUUCAAGGCAUUGAAUGAAAGAUUGGGUAUAUUUAAUGCUUCAAACAAAAGUGUUGAAGUUGCUACAAAGGAUGUUUUUCUGGCAGACUUCGAGCACAAGCAAGCUGCCAGAAAAACAACCUUUGUAGCAACUUCGAGCCUUUUUUUUAAGCCUUAAAGAUAUCCAAUCUUUCAACCAAUGUCUUGCCUUUGUAGACAAACAUACCUAAUUUAACUUGGUAGAGACCCCUGGACUCGAAUCGCAUCCAUGCUUCUCAAAUUGACCUCCAAAGUAGGCUUCACAAACACGUUCCAGACUUAACCAUUUUCAGGCAGUUUCCCAAUUUUGGCAUAGCCUGUUGAUCAGGUUCAAAAACGGUAUUCUUGAUUUCCUAUCGAGCUCCCAAGUACUUUAAUGUGUAGAGGGACAAUUCAGCUUCAAAACAUGCCAUUAAUCUCCAAUUUCCAUCUAGCCAAUUGUAAGAUAUGAAUCUCCAAAGUAGGCACCAUGAAACUAUUUUACACUGAAACAACAUAUUAGGUCAACCUAAUCCUAUUUGAUGUUGACUGAAAAGUGCACGUCAGCGUGACAUGCAUGUCACCAUAGAAAAGUCCAAUCGGAAUACAUUCAACUCGAUUUGCGAUCGAGUUAUGUUUUGAGACCAAUGUAUCUGGUCUUUGAUAGGGUGCAAACUGCAAACCAUGGAUAAGUAGUCAUGAUCUCUUGAUUUUAGUGGGCCUAGAUCUAAUCAGUGAUAUGCAGUAUAUAUUCUAAGAAACUUUGGAGGUAGCUAACAAAUAUUGGUCUACAAAGAGUAAAAAAAUAUUAUUUUCAAACUUUAGAAAAACAAUAUGAAAAGUAGGUCAUAAAUUAUUUUGGAUUCAAAAGGUCCUAACAUUAGCAUACACUAGCUAAUAUCAUAAAUUAAAGUCUGGAGUGUAAAUAAUUUGAUGGUUGAGGAAACAUGUUGCAAAACUACUAGAGAGUAUUAGAUAAUUGAAUAUUAAUCCUUUUCUAACAAUGCUAAACAAUUAAUUGAAAUAACAUAUGAACUUUAUUUUAUAGUUUGUGGAGUAGUCGGAUUACGAGUCAAUAGGGUUCUGGUUAGUCGGAUUACGGGUUCAAUCCAGCUAUGGGUCAAUUGAAUUCGGGUUAUUCGGGACAUGGGUAGUCGGGUUACGACCUUAAUCGAGUUAGGGCCAAUCGGGUUAUAGGCUAAUCAGAAUAUAGAAAACUCGGUUUGCGGUCGGGUUAUGUUUUAACACCUAUGUAUUUGGUCCUAGAUCGAGUGCAAACUACAAGUCAUGGGCUCUUGAUUUUACUGGGGCUAGAUCUAAUCAGUGAUAUUAAUAGAUUUUUAUUUUUCCUACUUUUUUAAUUGACUUUUAUCUUCUUUGUUUAACUUUGAUUUCUAAAGUCUUUUACAAAUUGAAUUGGUUUGUUUUGACUUGUGAUCUACAAAAUUAUAUUCAUUUUUCAAUAUAUUCGACAAAAUAUUCAUACCACACGAAUUUUUAAAUUUUUUUCCAGAAUGAACGAGUUCAUCGUCAUCUAUAGGAUCCUGAAAUUUUUGGAGAAACAAAUUACAUGACUAAAUAUAACACCUAUAUGGUAGACGAUGAUGGAAAGUGCUAAAUAAUCAUUAGUAUAAAUGUAUAAUACUACUAUCAUGUAUACAAUCAUUAUGCUCUCUGUUAAAUUCAUACCACCAAAGCAGUAAAAAUUGGGAUUUUACCUAAAAUCGAAAACUAGGGUAAAAUCGCAAUUGUAAAAUCGAAUUGUAGAAUCGUAGGAUUUUAAGUACCAAAUAGAAAUUAAUAUAUAAUAAUAUUAAUAAGGUAAAUCAUUAAUA